GCAGUGAGAGGCCCGCGUACCGCAAAAAAAAAAAAAAAAAAAAAAAAAAAAAAAUUCUAAAAAUUAAAUUCUCCUUUCUUCCCUCCCUUUGGAUUCCCCUCAAAGUAGAGGCUGAAACAAAGGCUUAUGUGCAGUAUUGUAUUUGGGGCUUUGAUAGCAGGGAGCAAGAGUGAGAGAAGAGGGAGGGGAAGUAAAACAAGGAAGAGGGAGAGGCAGUAUAAGGAUGUAUUAUUGAGUUUGUGGUCACCAUAUCUGAAUGUUUUCUUGAUCCCUUAGGACUUUCUGGGAAGCUUUGUGAGAUGAUUUGCAAAACUGUCCACUGAAAGCCAGAAUGGAAGAGACAUUUAUCUGUCAGCUCCUGUCUCCCUUUGAUCAAAGGUUAAUGCCCCUGGCCAUUAACUACUCCACACUUCCCAAAUGCACAGUUGUGAAUGCCAAGCUGACUUCCACAUCAGAGAAGUCCUGAGGAAGAAGAGAGGUGCAGUCAUGUCAUACUUGCCCAAAGUUCAUCAAACUCUCUUCAGAAAAGUUUGCUGCAGCAGUGGUUGGAAUAAGUGGCUGAAAGGAUUUGAGGUGGUGACAGAAGAUACACAGAUGCUGUCCAUUUCAGUCCACUCUUCGUACCACUCACAUCUGCUUGGCCUUUUGUUACGUCUGGUCUUUUACGGAGUCCCCUUCAAGGUGAUGGCCACCUACUAUCUCUGCGAAGACUUAAUAUAAGAGAGUUUGUGGAAUAAGCUUCAGUCCCUGCUGCUACACUGAUGCCAAGACCGUGCUUGUUUUCAUUAACUCCCUCCUCUACUAUCCAUCCUAACCUCCCUUCACCUGCACAUCAGCUGAUCUAGGUUGUUUCCUCAGCGAGGUAACUGGAACCUUCAGCCUUUGUUUACCCUGCUCUGGUUGGGCCAUGAUUGUGUAAUUGCCUGUUCAACUUAUCCCGGGGUACAGAAACACCAAGGAAACAGAGUAUUCUGUGGAAACGUGGUAGCCCUCCUCAAAGCUUGACGAGGAAGAUGAUGCACCUGUGUCCCACAUUUAUAGCUUCUACCUUUGAGCAAAGAAUUUGGAAAGCUGAAAACAUUGUUGUUCAUUCAGCCUAAGCAAAGAAGCCAAGAAAAUCUCAGAGAGGGUCAUUGUCAGAUAAUUGCUCAGAUGAACUCUAAGGAAAUACCUGUAUGUUCCAGUGUAAUGAAGACCAGUUCUUGCACCCUGAAAGAAGUCCACACCAUUCCUCCAUCAAGAGGAACUCUUGAUGUAACUGGAAGAAUUUUAGAAAUCAGCCAUCCACAGUUUCUUCCAAGACUUCAUUCUCAGCUGCUAGGGAGAAAACACUCAACACAAAAGAACCUCAGCUCCAGGUUGUAAACAGAAAGCACAGUCCAGUUGCCAAUUUGCAAGAGAUAAAUAGGUGAGAGGAAUCAGCAUGGUACCAAGAAUCAAACUUUCAGUCUUGAACAGACGUUCCUUUCAAAAGGAGGUCAAACAAGAUCAGUCUUCCAUCUUUCUGGAGAAGGAAAUUAAAACUGUGUCAGCUGGUGCCCUGGAGGAGGCUGCUUCGUGGAUGUUUCCGCUUAAGAAGGAAAGUAUGGAGAGGGAUAGCAGAAGUCAGGUCACUCUGGAAAUCAGAAUGCAACAGCUAGGGAGUGACAGCAGGAGAAAUGCAUACGAAAGGGAGUUACCUUAGGACUGGAAUUCCACAGGACAGCCAGAGACCUUCUAGAACUGUUAGAAAUGUGGUGUGGUCAAACCUCAGCAGCCCUUUCUUCUUAACCGUCUUUAACAGACAACUGCUUUUCCCUAAAAGGUCUCAGACCAGGUAGGAAUUUGGGGAACACCGCCUCCAUGAACCUGUGUUGCUCUAACGUGCCCCGGGCGUUGGGCCAGGAGCUGAGGAUGAGCAAGGGAACAGAACAGAGGUGCUUGCACCGAGGUGGUGACUGGAGCGCUAGGACAGGAGGGAGGGGCAGAGAAGGCUUCCCGAGGAAGGUGCAUAAGGGGUGUCCCAGGCAGAGCAUCGCCACCGUCCAGCGUAAAAACCGGCAUCCCAGCCUCUUCGGGCCGCCUGGCUUGCCAUUUCCCUCCAGCUCCCAUUCAUUGCUUCCAAAGAAGGGAAGAGACUCGCCUCGUUUUAAUUCCAUUCUCAUCUAUCCCAGAGACCCUAGGGUGGGGGCGACGAAAAUGAGUGGUACUCUGAGUCAGAAACUUGUGAAGGGGGCGCGGGAGCCGGCAGCGGGCUGGGAGUGACGCGAGGGAGGCCGGGGGCGGGGAGGUGACGCGCGCGGGGACCUCGCCGCCUCAGCCCACGUGUCCGCGAGAUUUAAAAGUUGGCAGAGUGCGGGUGGGUCAGUCUGGCGGCCGAACUGGGCGAACAGCGCGCCAGGGACGCAGAGGCUCAGCCAGAGCAUCGCUUGGAGCGCGGGCCGGUGCCGUGCAGGGUCCCGGGAUGCUGCGAGCCGCGAGCCGUCGCCCCGGGCCGCCCCCCGGUCAGGUGGCCGCUGCGUCCCCGCUCCUCCUGCUACUACUGCUGUCUUGUUGCGCGGACACCUGCGGAGGUGCUCCAAUAUUGCCUCAAGGAUUACAGCUGGAACAAGAAUUACAGUUGUGGAAUGAGAUAGAUGAUGCUUGUUCGUCUUUCCUGUCCAUGGAUCCUCUGCCUCAGGCAUCCAAUGCCUUGGAGGAGCUUUGCUUCAUAAUUAUGGGGACUCUACCAAAGCCCCAGGAAACAGAUGAAAAAGAUAAUACCAAAAGGUUCUUAUUUCAUUAUUCGAAGACACAAAAGUUGGCCAAUUCAAAUGCUGUGUCAUCUGUCCUGCAUCCGCUGCUGCAGCUCGUUCCACAACUGCAUGAGAGAAGAAUGAAGAGGUUCAAAGUGGACGAAGAAUUCCAAGGUCCUAUUAUAGACCAAAGUAGAGGAUUCUUUUUAUUCAGGCCACGCAAUGGAAGAAGGUCAGAAGAUUACAUUUAAAAUGAGUCCCUGAAUUUCACUUCUUGUCAACCCACGUGAAGAACAUGAGAAAGAAGGAGCAGAAGAGAACAAAAAGUAUCUUCUUUAAAAAAUGAAUUGCCUAGAUGAGAUGCAGACUUGAGACAGAGAAUGUUGCCAGAGCUGCUCCAGGUCUUUGCUCAAAACCUGCCAACCCCCACUUUUAGCAAGAGUUAACAUAAAUCUUUAAAGGGUCCAGAAAUAAAAAAGGAAGCUACAAACAAACAAACAAAAACCAGAUGGAUCCAGCUAGGACCAAGAUGGUGACAGAUCUGACCUCCAACAGACCCUGAAUCUCAUUAUAUGCUGAUUUUACUACAUUUGCAUAUUAAAUGACAUACCUACUGGUGGCCAAGACUGGAUAUUAAGGACCAAAAAAGGAUAAAAAAGGGUGGCACUCCAUUCCCUUGGAAAAAACUCUGCCUCUUCCCCAGGAGACUAAUGCAUAUGCCUCCCCAUCAUUAACCUCACUCCUCCUCCCUUUGUCUUUACUCUUUAAAAUUAAAGCCCUCUGGACACGUGGGCAAGAAGUAGAUCUGUGAACUUAGUUCCUGCUUCUGCAUUCUUUGGCCACUGAAUAAAGCUUGUGCUGCGUU